AUGAUGUCAAAGAUCCAGGAUAAAAAAUGGACGAUAAAGAAUAAGGCGUCAUAUGAAGACGAAAUGGCAAUAAAGCUGAGAAACUUAAAAUAUUCCAGGGACGAUGAACCCAGUGAAAAUAUCCCCUGUAAAAAAAGACAUCAUGAAAAUCAUCCAGCUUUUCAGAGAAAAUACGUCGAAUAUUGUAUUGCAAUGAAAGACAGCUUUACACAAAUGGGUAACCCAUUUCUAGAACACGGCCAAGAACUGGUAGCUCUGGAUACCCGGGUAGUUGCAGCAAAAGCCUCGGCCGAAGCUUUAUAUAGUUUGGAAAAAUCCGGUAAAGGGAUAUAUGAAUCAUUUAUUAAAGAAAGAUUUGUAGAAGGAAAUACUGAGGAAGCUGAUGCUCGUCUAGUCUGGCACGCAAGAGAUAUGGCAGAACAUGGUGCUAGACGUGUAUUGGUAAGGUCUUCAGUCACCGAUGUCUUGGUUUUAUUUGUUUCCUAUUUUGGUAUUCUAAAAGAGAUUGGAUUAGAAGAGUUGUGGAUGCUGACCGGAACACGAACAAAACGUCGAUAUGUACCGGUGCAUGCUAUAGCAGCGGCUCUUGGUAGAGAGAAAUCUGACGCCCUUCGUGGAUUUUACGCUUACACUGGCAGCGACAGUACAUCAUAUUUUGCUUCUGAGGGUAAUAAAACGUGUUUUAAUACGUUGCUCUCUCAUACGGAGAAAUGUGGUGAAGAAUUUAAAACAGCAGUAACUUUCAGACAAGUACAAUCAAAGUGGAAGAGUUUGAAAAGAACUUAUAAAACUGUCCUGCUGCAUAAUAACACAUCAGGUAAGCAAAGAAGGUACUGGGAAUUCUUCAAUAAAAUCCAUGGUUUUAUGCACAAGAAACCUGAAAUACCCCUACUGCAACUUGCAGCGAUACUAGAGGACUGCAAAUUAAAGAAACAAGUGGCCAGCAGUAAUGAAGCUAUGAUUACUAAGACAACUAAUGAUGAAGAUGAAAGUGACACAAAUAGCGGACAAUUGAGUUUCAAAAACGAAGAAACUUCAUUCUCUAAGAAAACAAGGAAUAGAGAAAGUCAAGUUGCCAAGAGACACAAGGAGAAAAUGGCAAAAUUGGAUAGGUUCAAUGAUCUUUUUGAAAAAAUGGUUGAAGAAAUGUAA